UAUCUACUUCGACUGGGAGACUAGCUACCUAUCUAUUUACCUCCAACAUGAUUGUUUAGGGGGUCGUUGAUUUUUAAUCCACACAGGGUUCUUUUUUCCUUGGGGGAUCUGCACACAGCCAAUGGGACCGCCGGUGACGGAUCAGAUUGCAGCAGCUGAAAUCAGAUCGAAGUGGUGACCAGUCGCAUCGGCGACGGCAGCACAAAGCACAAAGCACAGGGGUUGGUGUGGGCUUGUUCUGAAAACCGGACAUAUCAGAAAAAAAAGAUUCAAGAAAAAGAAAAAGAAAAAGAAAUUACGGGGGAUUAGAAAAGAAAAUGGAAAAGGCCAUCCGGUGGUCCCCGACCUCCACUACAGCGGAGCAACGAUUCCUCUCCGUGGACGUGGUCGGGAAGGCCUUCCGAUUGUGCAAAGUCACCUCGUUUGAUGGCGGACGUCGUCUGGAACAGGAGGUCUUGUCGACGCAUACCAAGGUCCCUGCGUUUCGGGCCUUCGAUUGGUCGCCUGUCGAUGAGUCGUUGGUCGCGGUGGGCCAGUCGUCGGGGGAUGCGACCAUUCUGCGCAUGAAUAGCGAGACUCAGGAUUCGUUCUCGUUUCCCAUUCGACAUCAGCGGUAUUGCAAUGCUGUGGCGUUUAGUACGCAUGGAUUGCUGGCCGCGGGGCUGGAUCGGGUCCGGAAUGAUUUCUGUCUCAAUAUCUGGGAUGUCAAUCAGCGGUUGACGAGUAAGGCUGUCAAGGGGUUCGUGGAGCCGUUGAGGAAAUUGGCCAGCUCGGAGCCAAUCACCAGUGUGAAGUUCUUUACGGAUCAGCCGGAUACGUUGGUGACGGGGGUGAAGGGGCAGUUUGUGAGGAUUUAUGAUUUGAGAGAGGGUCCGGGGAAUCCGUCGCUGCAGUUUCCCACUCGCUGUGUGCAUAAUGUGGCCAUUGAUUGGCUCGAUCAGAAUUAUAUCGCCUCUUGUCAGGCUACUAAUGAUCCGACUAUCUGCAUCUGGGAUCGGCGCAUUGGAUCGCGCUUCAUUACCCCGGCCGUUGGGCCGACGAAUGCCAUGGAGACGGGGCAGCUGGGCCCGUCGCUUGAGUUUGGUAGUGUCAUUGCGCCCAAGUCGACCAUCUGGAGUCUGCGGUUCUCGAGGACGAAGAGGGGUUGUUUGGGUGUGCUCUCGAACACGGGGCACUUCAAAACCUACGACAUCGUCAAGGAGUAUCUGGAUGAGGAGAUGCGUUCGUCCAUGGAUGAGACCCUGGGACAGGGCUCUGCGAAGAAUUACCCCGAGCAGAUUUACACCAAGUACGUCCGGGAUGUGGUCACGCCUUACAAUCAUCCUUCUCGGGGGUAUGAUGAGAAGGAUAGGGUUGUGGCGUUUGACUUUCUCAACAUGAGUCCCGGGAAUGAGCCCAGUGCGAUUACAAUAUCCGGAAACGAUGAACUGAGUAUUCUCACGGCAAAGCCUCCAGCGCCACCGGUACGACUCUCUUCGCAGGGCACCCUGAUUUGGGGAUCUCCGGAUGAGGACUCAGAUUUCAGAAUGAUUACUCCGCCCUCCAGUCAGGGUUCGAGCAUUUCCAAGGUGGUGGAAGACCUUCGCGAACGGGUGUCCGACCAGAAUGGGGCUGCUUCGCAGAAAGGCCGUCGAGCUGCCCAUCGGCCGGCGACUCCCUUGUCAAGCCGCGAGGCGCGAGAACAUGCCUUGUCGCUGGGGGCUCUGGGCAGCCGGCUUCCCAUGGAGGAUGCGCUGACACUAUUGUCGGUGAACCGGCUUCGGUGCAAAGAAGGCUAUCUGUUUGACGAGGCACGCAACAAGAGGGUCAUUGCCGAUGAUCCAUGGCUGCAAAGCUUCUGGGACUGGGUUGAACGCGCACGCUCCGACUCUAGCGACGAGUCCAUGGUCAUCAACGGGCUAGAUCUGAAUUACCUGGGCAUCUACAAUGUCUGGAACAAUGACUUGGGAGAGAGUCUCGAAGGACGACGAGUUGGCCACAACCCGGCUGUCAACAUCCACGAAACCAUCUUGGAGCUCGUCCAGGAGCAACUUAACCUCCCCGAGACCAAGGGCUGCGAGACCGAGUACGCCGAACACCGCCGGCUGUGCCUGCGACUGUGCGGCGCGGCGCAAUCCCACCGAGAACUCGAGGAGCUCGUCAAAACGCUGUCCGCCGACAAGCAGCACACCAAAGCCGCCGCGCUGGCCAUCUUCCAAGACGAACCCAAACUCGCCUACCUAGCAUUACGAAGCCACGAGCCCACUCAGGCUCAUAAGCUCCUCGCCAUGGCCAUUGCGGGUGCCGCGAAAGGUGAUACCGACUCCGACUGGGAGGACACCUGCGCUGAAAUCGCCAAGGAGCUCACUGACCCCUACGCGCGAGCCAUCCUCGCCCUCGUGAGCAAGGGCGACUGGCGCUCCGUCAUCCAAGAAACCACCCUUCCUCUUAGGUAUCGGAUCGAAGUGGCCCUGCGCUGGCUGCCAGACGACGACCUCACCAGCUACCUCCAGACAACCACCACCUCCGCGAUCCAACAAGGCGACAUCGAAGGCAUCCUCCUCACCGGACUCAACCACUCAGCCAUGGACCUCUUCCAAUCCUACAUCAACAAAUUCCACGACAUCCAAACGGCCGUGCUGGCUAUGAGCCACACGGUGCCGCGGUUCAUCAACACAUCGCCGGACCGCGCGCGCUUCGAGUCCUGGCGCGAGACCUACCGCCAGCAAAUCAACGCCUGGAAACUCCAACUCGAGCGCGCGCGCUUCGACGUCGGCUCUCGCAAGUUCGCCGUGACCUGGGACGGCCGGAAACUGUUCGACCCGCCCCGUCAGCAAGUCAGUCUAACCUGCAACUACUGCACGCGUCCACUCACGCAGCACGACGCCUCCUCACAACUAGCCCCGUCCGUCACGGGCGAGGUGGUACACCCAACCCCCGGCAACCCCCUCGGCAGCGCCGCCAUGUCUGGCACCGUAUGUCCGCGCUGCGGACGACACAUGCCGCGCUGCGGAGUAUGCACACUCUGGCUGGGGGCGCCGGACCCGAUGUCCAAGGCGUGUGUGGCAGCGGAUGCAGCGGCGAGUGCAGAGCGCCGUCGCCCAUCAGAGGCCGAUCUAAUGCGUCGGUUUAUCGUGUUUUGUAUCAAUUGUAAUCAUGGGUUCCAUGCGCAUCAUGCACGGGAAUGGUUUGGACGACAUAAGGUGUGUCCGGUGGCAGAGUGUAGUUGUAUUUGUGAUCGAUAGCUUGGAUGUGUUUGUUAUACCCAUUUGCGAUGGUAUUGUUAAUUUACUGCAGUAUGGUUAUGAGCAG